AGAGAAGAAGUGCAGUUCUCAGUAGAAAUAGGACAAGUUGACGCAUGUGUUGUGAGAGGGAGCGCACACAGACAGGCAGGAAUAAACGCAGACGCUAUAGCUCAUCACUAUUGAUCAUUUAUAUAUAUAUAUAUAUAUAAAAAAGGAUAUAGCCUGAGAAGGAGAGAGGAAGAAGAGAUUCAAGCUGCUAUCUUUCCUGUAGGGGUGUUUAUUCAUCCGCCCUGCAAAAAACCUCAACAAGAAAAGCGCAGUCUUUGUGCGUAAUAGUCACAUUGGAGACGACACGUGUGGAUGCUUAACCACAUGUAUCCUUUGAUGACUGCGGUGUGAUACUUUGUAUCCACAUUGUCGGAUUCUUUUUGACUAUAUAGCUACAUUACAUUCUUUUUUUUCUUCUCUCCAUCCGGACUAUCUGCUGUAGUGAUGUCAGAGGUUGGUGUCUCUGCAGACUGUGACCCCAGCCGACCACCACCAUGCACAGAGGACAUGUUGAAAGAGAACCAGGAGAACAGGACUUUACUGAUGGUGGCAAUGAUUUUGUUGGACUUGAACAACCCUAAUAACGCUAUGAUCAGCCCCGGAGACAGCAGAAGACAGCAGCAGCAGCAGGAGGAGGAGGAGAAGGUGGUGGAGCAGCAGCAGAGGGGGAGUUGCCGGUUGAAUGCCGGAGACAACCGGGGCUCUGCUGCACCCAAACAGUCCCGGAGCAAGAAGACGACGGCGGCGAGACAGGCGAGGACACAGGAGUCUCCCGAGAAGAGACACUGCUGUCCUUUUACUGGCUGUGGGAAGAUGUACGGAAAGUCGUCCCACCUCAAAGCCCACCUGAGGGUGCACACCGGUGAGCGUCCCUUCGAGUGUACCUGGCCAGACUGUGGCAAGAAGUUCUCCAGAUCAGACGAGCUGACGCGUCACUACCGCACACACACAGGCGAGAAGCGCUUCAACUGUCCAAUGUGUGACAAGUGCUUCAUCAGGAGCGACCACCUGACCAAACAUGCCCGGCGACAUGCAGGCUUCCAUCCCAGCAUGCUUCAGGGCUCCAGUGCGGCCAAGAGACGCCGCUGCUCCGUGUCCGUGUCCUCAUCUGACUCUGGAGACCAAAGCCCUGUUGGAGUGUGAGACACACCCACAUUACUGUAUACAGUAUAUAUAUCACAGAAAGGUACAUGCAGUAGACAUAAACACACAGGUUGUGUGCACCUUUACACAAAUCCUGUCCGAUCAAUCAAAUUCAACCAGCCAGACCACUAUUUAAAAAGGUUUUCUAUGCAUGUAGCGUUGUGCAACAGCAAAACAGAAACAUACUGUAUGUUUGAACCUGACUGUAAUCAAACUAGAACUACACCCCUAUUAUUCCCUGAGGGGAUUGGUAUUUAUUAAGGGUUAUUUAGGGUUUGUCACACAGGUUCUAGUUGCUUUGCUAUUUGUAAUUAUAUUACUUUGUGUUGUGUGAGGUUUUUUUUUUUUUCCUGGAAGAAUCUGCAAUCCAAGAGGCAUUCAUGUACAUAUUUAGUUGUCAUUAACACUACAUGCGUUCACUUUGCAACACAGACUUAAUUUGCAGGUGAAGACAACAAGAGAACAAAUCAUUACUGAGAUAUUCUUAGUGGGUUAAGAAGUUUUGGGAAUAGUUUUUUAGUAAAUAUUAUAUACACUCAUAUACUUGUACAAUUACUCUCCAGUCCAGGACAAGGCGAAUGUACAGUAUAGCAAUUUAUCAUGUAAAUAGAUUAACAGAUUAACUUUCAGAUGGAUGAUAUACUCAGUAUACUGUAGUUAAGUGUUAUUAGAGAGUAAAAAGACAAAGCUAUACUAGAAUUACAGAGCUUGGGUAUUUAAAUGCAUAUAUUUGGCUAUGGACUUAGUAAAUGAGGUAUACUGUGAGCUUGUAGGUAUAGUGUGUUCGCACAGUUUGCUUCCUAUGUUGAAACAUAAAUGGUAUCACAUCGUGAUAAAUAAUUGACAAUAACAAAUAAGCAAACCUCGGGGGGGAAAUUCAUUAUAACAGUUGCUCUUUCAGGCUUGAAUUAUGUCCAUAGUGCAGGGGUAAAAACACAACAGGGUAAAGCCUUUAAAAGGUUACUUUUUCACUUGCAGCUGACAGACUAUUCAAUGUCAAAGACCAUAAUUAUUCAUGUUUAGUUAAAAGUUUGUAAACUGUAAACAAGGAGGUCUGUGCCUUUUUGAAGGGUUUUGUAGCAGAGAUGAAUUUCUACAUUUUCAACCUUCGGAAAUAAUCUACUACCUGAAUGAACAUCUUCAGAUUCUUUAUGUUGAUAUUCAAAAUACUUUGAAUAUCAACGACCGUCUCUUAUGCCAACAGUGCCAGUUGCUAUACACUGAAACUAACUUUUGUUUACUCUGUGUCUGGACUGCAUUUUAUCAGGGAAUAAUGUGAUGCAUGGUCAUUUCAAACAUCAUUACACCCCCUGGUGGUGACAUGGAAGCACAACAAUUCUCACAACAGAAAGUCAUAAAACCUUUUUUAUUUUCUGUUGUAGCAUUUUGAAGCAGGCUCUGUUGCUUAGUUUGAUUGUGAAUCAAUGAAUUCCAUGUAGCAUGAUUGUAUUCAUUUGUUUGGUACAAUGUAUUUUUUUAUUUGUCUGGUAAUCUUUUAUAAUAUCACUAAUGGGGUGAGAGGUCUUAUCCGUCCACUACAGGAACUAGAAACAUUCUUGAUGUCAUUAGUUUUCUUUUUAUACUUGCCACAUAAUGCAUUAAAACAUCCAAUAAAAUAAGAUGGAGUUAAGCUAAUAGAACACAAACUACAUACAUUUGUAAAGUGAAAUGUUGUUUUUCUUUUCUGGCAUUAUGACAACUGUGAUUAGAUGUCGGUGCCUUUCAGGUUGAAUCUCUUAUUUCUGAUGCUACUGUACUGUAAUCAGGGACUGUCAACGCAGGCCCCAUGUUAUCGCAAUAUACAUAGCUGUGUAAUGAUUACUGCUCAAAAGUUUUAACAUUAAAAUUAUUUUUUCUUUCUAAA